AUGUCUCAGAGUUCUCCCUCAAAGAAAUCGUCUCCUUCCUCUGAAACAGCAUCAGGAUCUAGGGCACCCAAUGUGGUGAGUGAUCAAGAUGUUGUGUUGAAUGUUGUGCCAUUGAACUCUGUUCCUGCUACCGAUCCUGUUCGUAAUCCACCAAGAAAGAUGCAUGCAAGAAAAUCAACUGGUGGAUCUGUUCCAGAAACUUUUUCUGUUCAAGGUAGAGAGGGCUCUACUUAUGUUCACAAUGCGAUCGCAGAUAUUGUCACAAGAAUCUUGAAUGAAGGGCACCAGGUUGAUGGAAUAUCUGUUCCUCUAGCCCAAAUUCCUGCCUCUGAGAACAGCAAAGAUGAUCAAGAUGGUCAAGAUGAUGCUAGCAAAGAUCAGGGUGAUGUUGAGACAUCUGUUGACAACAAUGAUGAGAAGACCCCUGGUGCCAAAGAUGUUGAGACAUCUGAAGCUAUCAAUGUUGAAACAUCUGGUACUAAAGAUGCUGAGAUUCUUGAACCUGAGAAAGCUGAAGAGGUUCCUGUUGCUCCUUCUAAAGAAACCCUUAAUGAAGGCCCUACUGUGCAUGAUGUGGUGAAUCUGGAUGAUCUGGAUGAUUCUAUUGACAUUGCUGAUGAUGAGCUCAUCUCUAGCAUCUCUCAUAGAGUCAAGACUCGUAAGGGCAAACAAGAAUUUAUUGUGAAUUUGUCUCAAGAUUGUGGUGAUGGAAGAACUGAUGAUUUUCAUAAGGUAAUCACUGGUGGUAAGGUUAAUAAGUGGCCCAUAAAGAGCAAACUGUCUGCUAGUUCUCUUAAUGUCAGGUAUGCAUUGCUGCACAAAAUUGGUGCUGCUAACUGGGUGCCUACCAAUCACACUUCUACCAUUUCUGUUGGCCUAGGAAGAUUCAUAUAUGCUGUGGGAACCAAGACAAAAUUUGACUAUGGGACUUACAUAUUUGAUCAAACUAUGAGGCAUGUUGGUACCUCUGCUACCAAGCUUCCCAUUGCUUUCCCAUCUCUGAUAUGUGGGAUAAUCCUCAAGCAACACCCUGGAAUUCUGAAAAGUAAAGAUUCUGUAUGUAAGAGGGAGAGUGCUUUGUCUUUUCACUACAAGCUGCUUCAGAGGUCUGAUGACAUGACAUCUGCUGGGACAUCACAACCCAGCAAGUCUGUGAACAAAGCCCUUCUUAUUGCUGAGCUGAAAGAGACUUGUCAAGAGUUGGACAACAGGAAGCUGAAACUUGAAAAGCUCAUCCAAAGUCUUGAGCAGUCUACAGAUGAUGACCUUGCUGGUGAGAGGGAUGGUGACAAUAUGGAUGAAGACAAAGGUGCUGAGGAAGAGGCUGAGGAUGCUGAAGCUGAGGGUGCUGAAAGUGGGAGUAGUGAUGCUGCUGAAGAGACUAGUAGCUCAAGUGAUGACAAUCCUGGUGGCUCUAGUGAUGAAGACAGUGAUGGGUCUGAUGAUUAG